AUGGGCACCCCUGGCGAGCAGUAUACGGCGCGACUGGCCAAUAUUCCGGUGAAUCAUGUCGCCAUUUCAGUGCCAGACAUUGAGGCUGCUAUCAAAUGGUACACCGAAAUUCUAGGCUUCCGUAAAUUGCGGAAGUCUGUUCGUGUCCAGGAUCGAAAAGUCAACCCCAAUGCCAACAUCUUCAAGAUCUACGGCGACCGCCUUCAUGAGGCGAAGGUCGCUUAUUUGAGUGCCUCGAAUGGGGUGGGUAUUGAAUUAUUCCAGUUCAUCGACCCGCCAUUCAAGCAGCAGGCGGACUUUGACUAUACGCGUGGCGGAGUCUUCCAUGUUGGCCUUACCGUUGCAGAUCCUGAGGAAGUAUGUAAGAGGGCGGUCGCCGCGGGAGCCAAAAAGAUUGGACAGAGCGUCGUCCCAUAUCGACAUCUUGGAGAGGACGACGUGGCGCUCUAUAUGCAGGAUCCAUGGGGCAUGGUCAUCGAAUUGAUGAGCUGCAGCUUUGAGCAGUUCUUCGCUAAUCGUCCCGAGAGUUGA